GAUGACUCAACGAAAUGCGACAAGGUAACAAUCCAUCUAUCUUCGUCCAAAAACUCGAUUAAUCAGAAUCUCAUCACCAUCACAGCACUGAUAAAUAAUGGGAGAAUUCAAGUACAAGAAAGGUCCUACAAAGAAUGGGGCAACGAAGAAUUUCCGCGACUCCUGGCAAUUAUUAAUUCUAGUCCUGCCAAAACCAAUCCAACCAAAGAUCUAGAAACUUUCGUUGAACUAAUAACAAUUAAUCAAAAACCGAGCACUAUGGAAAAAGAUGCCCAUGCCAUCGACGAUAUAUCAGAACCAGACAAUACUAACUCUUUAAAUGAUGAACCAAUGUUUUCGAGUAUGAAAAGCAGCCUAGCCUCACUUGAAGCUGACUUUGUUCUUUUUAAGCAAACGACCCAAAUGAGCAUCAAUGUCCUCAAAGUUCAGCUCGACAAUAAAGACGGUGAAAUCAAUAAUCUAAAAACUGAAAUAACACUACUCAAGACAACCAACCUAAGCCAACAACAGUCAAUAUGUGACCUGAAUUUACAACAAUCACAAAUUGAAGAUGAACUUAAAAAAUUAAAAAACAAACACAAACCUUAG